CUUUGCCCUUCUUUCCUGGGAAAGGACAUCGUGCUUCCGCGUUUCGCUGCGUGUUUGCUCGCUGUUCAACGAGUUCAGAGAGGAGCCCAGCCACUUUUUCCCACUCAGCGGAGACACAGAAACGGCUCAUGCAACCUCGAACGCGGUUACAUCCUUUCUUCCGAUGUGUACGCUGUUUUAAAGCCAAGAAGACUGCCCGGACGCCAUUCGAGCCGCUAGAUGCCGCACCCCGGGCGACUCCUCAAUAAUCGUUCGUCCACGCAAGAGAAAUUCUCACUGCUCCUUGCAUGCACGCGCCAUUCUUAAGGCAGAAAAACGCUCGUUUUACCCGUGCCUCUGCGUUUUUUUUCCUCCGGGUUUGUUUCGACCUUUGGUGGACGACUGGACUCCCCAAGACUCUUCUCCACACUCAGCACCUGCCCCGUUAAUCCAGCACGACCAGAUAUGCCGUUUGUCGCCGUGGCAGUGCCAUUGCGUAGGAACGAACCGGUGGACCUUUGUUUCAAAAUGCAUUCGUUCACUCGAAGUCCAGGACCUCCGUUGUGGGGGUGUUCGCCGAUGCCGUCGAAGCGCGCUCUCGCCAUGGCGGUCACGGCAGCUUCCUCUCUAGUUCUUUCCUCUCCCGCUUGUCUCUCUCGGCUCUCGGUUUCCUCUCCCCCUUCUCUCUCUCAUCUCUGUCCGCAGCGGCAAGUCUCUCUCUCAACUCGGUCGCCAACUCUGUCUGCCUCCCCGGACGCGCGGCGACGGGGCGUCGCUUUUAACGGCCAAGGCAAACAACUCUCUUCCUCGUCUCCUCCCUGCGUCCCACGAGGUUCCCCACUUGCUCCGUCUCUCUCUUCUGCACAGCGGCGAUUCUCGGAUGUCUCUUUUGUCGCUUCCUUCUCUCGCGACGGGGGCUUCGCUCCUGGCCUCUGGGCUGGUGCGCAUGCACCUGCUGACGGUGCCUUUCUUGGCGUCUCUGGGUCUCUUUUUCUCCCUCGUUUCUCCUCUCUUCACCAUCUUUCGCCUUGCCGCUCGAGCUCGAGUGCCGUAACGCGUUUUCGAGGCGCUUCGGACCUCCCGUUUAUCUCCUCCACGAGCGCUAGCUGUAGGCUGCUCCUAAGCCGGAGCAGAGAGACCCACAGAUCCCUCCCAUCGUCGGAUGCUUCUCUCGACUCUCAGCGCGAAAGCCGAACCGCGAAGAAGCCGUGUCUCCCCUUCGCCGCGUCUCUGCAUGCGUUCUUUGCGUCCGAGUCUCCCUCCCCUGUCUCUUCUUCUCCUCUGUAUCCUUCCCUGUUUCCCUGGCCGUCCUUCUCCUUCUCUCCACUCUUCCUCCGUUCGACGCUGCUCCUCGCCGUCGCUCCCUUCCUCGCCUAUUGCUUCUCGCUGUCAGAGAAGCAGCGCAUGUCCAGAGGGGGAGGCGGGCCUGCGCGGUGCGACGAGAAAACCUCCUCGCCGCAGUCUUCCUCGAGACUCGCAGACGUCUCCGCGUCCUUCUUUCGAUCCUGGGGCGUUAGGCCACAGAGCGCAGAGGCGCCGUCCGCCUCUCCGCUCGGCAAAGAAGGGUGCGAAGCGGCUGCUGUUCGUGUCUCCUCAGGGCCUUCUGCGGCUUCUUUGUGGGGAAGCGGGGAAGGCGGGGGGAUCUUGCGGUGGCGAGGCGGAGGUGUUGGGCGCUGGUCUGAGGCGGCGAACGCCGAAAUUGAAGAUCGCAGCCUUGCCGUUCUUCUGGCGAUCGACGGGGAAGAAGAGCGAGAGGAUGACCGGUCUGCGGAGCCGAGUGCAGACGGAGACACUCGACAAGAGACGGAAGAGGAGGCGAUCCAGCUUGCAUCUCUCGUCUUUCCACGCGAAGUCGCUGCUCUCCUCGGAGGCAAACGCAUUUUUGAGGAAGUCAGCUGGAUGCGAGAGAGGAAGGCGAAGAUGAGGAGGAAACAGGGGGCGCCCAAUUCAGCAGAAAGGAAAAAGAAGCCUCCCCAGCAGAAAGUCCUCCUCACAGCAGUGAUCGACGGUCACGGAGGGCCGCAAGUCGCGGAGUACGUCAUGCAAAAUCUCCCAUGGCACGUAGAGCGCGAGCUCACCGCUUUGAGGAGAGCCUUUCUGAAGAAAAGCAACAUGGGCGAGAACGGCGAGGCGUCUUUGACGGACACCUCGUGGUUGACAAACGAACUGCUGACAAAAGCCAUUUCUCGCGCCUUCCGUACCUUGGACGACGAGAUCUACCAGUCUGUGAGCCGGGCGUAUCGCCUGGGGUUUCACAGGAGCAUUCGAGUGGGGGCCUGCUGCACGGCGAUUCUCGUCACGGAUCGCAGCCUAGUAGUGGCAAACAGCGGAGACUGUAAAGCAGUUCUGUCCAGGAGGUACGGCGCAGAACUUCAGGCGCUGAACGAACAGCUGAACGCCAACUCGCCGGCGGAGCGACAACGACUGAGAGAAGAGCACCCCGACGAGGAAAACGUGGUUGUCUGCAAGCACAGCUGGCAGGAGCAGAGGAAGCCGUCGUCUGUGGUGGAUAUUCCUCUGUAUUUUGCGGGACUCCUUGGUUCCUCGACAUUCUACUCAGGGUGCUACGUGAAGGGUCGCCUGCAGCCGACGCGUGCGUUCGGGGAUUUUCUUUUGAAGAGGUCCGAGUACGGCCACGAGCUCCAGCGGUCUCGGCGCUCCAACGGGUCCUCUCCUUCACAGCCUCUCUCGUAUCCGUACUUGACCGUUGAUCCUGUGGUGGCGCACUUCGACUUGCGGGGAGACGAGGACUUCGUUGUCUUGGGCAGCGACGGAGUCUGGGACUUCUUAGAUGACAGUGAAACCGCUCGGGCGAUUCACGCGAGUCUUCAGCGCACAAGACAGAGAGCAGCUCGUGCAAUGUCGGGACAGAGUUCCUCAUUUUCCGGAGGCCUCCCUGAGCAAGGAAGCGACCCAUGUCAACUCGCGGCCCCCAACAGAGCAGGCGUCACCUCUCUGUUUUCUGCUGAUGCAGCGCGCCUCGCUGCGGCAGACUUGGUGAAGACGGUUCUGCAAAGAGCCGCUGACGAGCGGGCGAUUUCAGUGGAUGAAAUGAGAGCUCAAGAGCCGAAGCAGAGAAGAAGAACUUAUGACGACACGACAGCGGUGGUCGUGCUGCUGGGCCAGGACUGGAGACCGAGGCCAGCUGCCACGAAGGAGCGUCGGUGACGAUGCGGCAGUGAAACCUGCUCUCUCGAUUCUUCGUCCUACGAAGUCUAACUCUGAGUAAAUGUAGAAGCGGCUGACGCGGAGGUGCUUCCACAAUCCGAGGACCAGCAUUCCCAAUAAUCGCGUCUGACCUGUUUUCUCAGGCGUACCUUCAGGCAUCAUGUGAGGCGCCCAUACUAGGUAACUUGGAAUAGAAAUGCAACCCCUCGCGAAAAUCGUCGACCGACCGCCGACGACCGCCAGUGAAAACUGUUGGCGCAAAACGGGUUUCCAUUUUGCUAAUCUCUAAAGAUACAACAUAGUCAGCGGCUCAAUCUCUUGAACAACCGUAGGGGCGUAAAGCAAACUCCCAGUCGACCACGAAACGAAGAAGUUGUUUGUGAACACGUGCAACCGCUCAAUGUUUUCCUGAGAUGUCUGCUUACGUUUUCGAUGGAC